AUGAUAGAUCAAAUAGGUGUAAAAGGCAGUAAUCGUUUUACUUAUAAUUUAGCACCACCAAAUAAAGAUGCAUUAGUACCAAGUGUUAGACCAGUAACCUAUAUCAAACGUUAUGAUGUUAUGGCUGCAUUACUUGGUGAUCAAGUAUUACCAAUUGAUAUUCUUACACCAGAGACGAAAGCACAAUUAGCUGGUCAUGUUAUUCCUUUGUUUGAAUUGGCAAAAGCAUUGAAAAAUCAUAAUGUUACAUUUAUUACCGAACCAUAUGCACAGUCUUACGUUAAUUUUCAAUCACAUCCAAAUUUGUCCUCAUUUCGUCUCAUUUUUACGAAUGAUUCGGCAGAUGCAUUGAUUGAUCAAAAGAAUAACGAAAAAGAAAGAGUUGAAUAUUUUACAAGUCAUUCAAUAUUUGAUAGUAUGUUUGAUCUUUCGACAGCAACAGGUCAAAUUAUGAAUAGACUAAUGAAUAAAACAGUACAUAUAUUAAUGUUAGAACGAUAUGAUGUGAUCAUUGGUAGUUCGUUUAUUAUAGCUAUCAACGCUCUGUGCAAUGAAGCAAUGGCGGCAUGUGUGAUGCAAAAUGCAGAACUAUUUCCGAAUAUGUUUGAUAUGAAUCUACCGAUUGGCUACUCGUUAUUAUCAUCACAACAGAUGACUGAGUUCAAAUAUCGUAUUUACAAUGUUGCCUUUACUUUACGCUUGCUAAUUUCAAUAUUGAAAAAAAAUAUCAUUGUAUCAUUCUAUACAAUUUUACAAUCGUUUCCACGAAUACCAGGACCAUUUUAUGAAACUUUUACGUUAAGAAAUCUUCUAUCAACAAAAUCCAAAUGUUUAGAAUUGAUCAGUUUACCGCCAACACUCUAUCCACCAUCGUAUUCACAUCACUAUACCAAAUAUCUUGGCGCGUUUAUAGAUGAAUCAUCCAUUGACUAUGUUGAAACUGAUCUUACAAGAUGGACAAAUCGAAACCGAUGA